UAAUGCUUGUAUUCAGCCUAUACUGUCACGUUCAAGCUGUUUUUCCUGUUACAAGUAUAUUAUUUGAAGGGGAGUAUUACCUAAUUUUCGCAUGAAAUCUGCCACAAUGCGAUGGCUUUGCGCCUGCUCUGUGAUCGUGGUUUGUGCCCUACUCCUCUGCGAGUAUGUAGCCGACUAUGUUGUGCUCCAAAAGUGCAAGUGGCCGGAUAUGAAGCGGAAGUCGCGGUAUGCGGCUGAUCCAUUACGGGCUUUGAUCAUUGCCGACCCUCACCUGUUGGGUCCGCAUCGCGGCCACUGGCUGGACAAGUUCUAUCGGGAAUGGCACAUGACGCGGGCCUUCCAGGCGGCCUCUCGCCUCUUCCGGCCCGAUGUGGUGUUCGUCCUGGGCGAUUUGUUCGACGAGGGCGACAUGGUGACGGAUAAGCACUUCCAGGAGUACGUGUGGCGCUACCUUAAGAUAUUCCACCCAAAGCCGGGCAUACCGCUCAUCAGUUUAGUCGGUAACCAUGACGUGGGCUUUCAUUACAAAAUGCAACCGCUCCUCGUGUCCCGUUUCGAGAAGUAUCUGAACAACUCGCUGGUAACUCUGUACACCAUUAAGCAUACCCACUUUGUGAUGAUUAAUUCCAUGGCCAUGGAGGCCGAUGGGUGCCAGUUCUGCUCCCAGGCCAAGGAGCAACUUCAAAACAUCUCACGAAUCCUUCAGUGCAUGAAAUUUCCACAGGAUGUCGAUUGUGCCCCAGAAUAUACACGGCCGUCGUACAGUGAUCCUAUCCUGCUGCAGCAUUUCCCCACUUACCGAAGUUCCGACACACAGUGCCUCGAGUUCGAUGCUCCUUUGGCCGAAGCCUAUCGCGAGCGCUUCCAUGUUUUAUCCCAGGAGGCAACGGACAUGUUGGGGGAACUGCUGAGACCCAGACUGGCCUUUGCCGGGCACUCGCAUCACUACUGUCACAGCGUGAAUCGGUGGGGCAUCGAUGAGUAUACGGUGGCCUCGUUCAGUUGGAGGAACAAAGCGAAUCCCAGCUUCAUGCUGACCACCAUUACUCCCGACGACCAUAUGGUAACCAAGUGCAGGAUGCUCCCCCAGCAGUUUGUGAUCAACAGUUACCUGAGUGCUGGAGUCCUCUGCCUCAUCGCAGUGGCCUGUCAGCUACCAAAACGCAUUGCCAAGAGCAGGUCCUUAGCAUCGUCCAAGGAUCUUUGAAAGGACAGGCACUCAGAUGAAAGUUUCCGAAUCAUUCCGGCUAAGACUAAAAAAUAUUAGACUAGAAUAUUAGAUUACCUUAUUACAUAGAUGGAAGUGCUGCUGUGGAGGCUUCCUGGGGGGUUACUUGCCCCAGUUGGUGGAGAAGUUAUCUUUCUUCCUAAAAACAUAGGCCUAACGUUUUUAGCUUUGUGUGGCAGCUUCCGGGAUAAGUGUGACCAGAUAAUGCUAUAUAAAUAUAUCGAAUAAAAACGUUCGCGACGAGGUAAAAUACUAGUGACGACCGUGCAUACUACAGGAAUACAAAUAGCAGUUUUCCAGAAAUCAUAUUUAAAUAUGAGUUUCAAGAACUCUUUUCAGGCAAUAAAUAAUCAAGAUUUCAGGUUUGAAAA